UCACUCUAGCGAUUCUUCUCGGGAAGCUUUUUCACAUGAACUGCUCUCUCUGCUGUGAAAAUGGAAGGAGCCCCAGACCCAGAAAGUCUCCCACCUUCCCACUCUGUCUCUGACAAAAUGGACGGAAACCCAGACCCAGAACAAGAAGCCCUGCACCACAACGCUCUCGCGGAGGACAAAUUCAAGGUCUCAAACCUCAAAUCCGCUCUCAAGCACGCCAAGAAGGCUCACCGCCUAUCACCCAACCUUGACGGCCUCUCCACGAUGAUCACCGCCUUCAAAAUACUCCGUGCGGCGGAGAAAUCCACUGGAGAUGCCGCUCCCGACUGGUACAAAGUCCUCCAGGUAGAGCCCUUCUGUCAUAUUAACAGUAUUAAGAAACAGUACAAGAAACUUGCGCUUGUUUUGCACCCUGAUAAGAAUUCGUAUUUGGGAUGUGAAGAGGCGUUUAAGCUUGUGGGUGAGGGGUUUAGGGUUUUUUCGGAUAAGAUAAGGAGGAAGGAGUUUGAUAUGAAGCUGAGGAUAAAGAUUCAAGGAGAGAGGAUGGGUGGUGGUGGUGAGGAGGAGGAGACAUUUUGGACUGCGUGUUCGAGGUGUAGGUUGUUGCACCAGUUUGAGAGGAGGUAUUUGGGGCAUAAUUUGUUAUGCCCGAAUUGUAAAAGCAGUUUUGUGGCUGUGGAGGUUGAGGGGGGAAGUACCAAGGAGGAGAAGGAGAAGGAGAAGGAGGAGGAAGAUGGGAUUAGGGUUUGGAGUAAGAGACUGAGGAGCAGUGUGGGUUCAAAGUGGAAAGCAAGUGAUGAUCUUGGUGAGGUAAUUGGUGGCUUGAGAUCGAGAAAUAAAAUGGGUAGUGCUGGUUUGAACAGAAAAGUGGUUGACUGCAAUAAAAAUGGGGAUUUGAAGGGGAAAGAUCAUGGUGGGGACAAGGCGAGGAAAGGUGAUGUUGCUGCAGAAUGGGGAAGUGGUAGGUUGAGGAGUGUGGCUUUGAGGAGGAGAACAAGCACUGUUGGUGAGGUGUUGCAGAGGGCAAAGCCAAAGCAAGUGAAAUCUGCCGAGGAUACUAUGACCCUGGCUGAGAUGCAGUUGGAAGCUAAGCGCAAGGCGAGUCAAGUAAAAAUGAAGGAAAUGAUGAAUGUGGAAGAGAGGGAGAAGGCGAAGGAUAAAGAGAAGGAGAAGGGAAAGGAAACGAACGGUGCUCUGAAAACGUCUAGAGAUUUGGGGAUUGGGAGAAAUGAAGCCUCAGAUGUGAGUGGGGAUAUGGGAAUUGUGGCUCGGAGAACUUCCAAGAAUACUAGGAACUCAGAAGCUGAUAAGAGUGCAGGUGUGGCAAUUGAGAGACACAGGGGUUAUAAGCAAAGGGAUUUGGGAAUUAUGGCAGUGGAGGAUUCCGAUUUUUAUGAUUUUGAUAAAGAUAGAACAGAGAGGACUUUUAAGAAAGGGCAAAUCUGGGCUAUAUAUGACGACGAUGAUGGAAUGCCUCGAUAUUAUGGUUUGAUAGAUGAAAUUGUUUCAGUUUACCCAUUUGAGUUGAAGUUUAGCUGGUUGGAUCCGCAAAGUAAUGGAGAUGAUGGGUUGAUGUGUUGGGAGAAAAUGGGAUUUCAUGUAUCUUGUGGGAGUUUCAAAGUUGGAAAGACAACCUCGACAAACUUAGUCAAUAUCUUUUCACAUCUUGUGUAUUUUGAAAGGGCAGCAAGAGAAAUUUAUCGGAUUUAUCCGAAGAAGGGUUCAGUUUGGGCACUUUACAAUGAAGCAGCUAUGGAUGCAGAGGGAAUAAACCUUUCAGCUAGCGAUAAGCGAAGCUACAACAUUGUUGUGUUUCUGACAACAUACAGUGAGAUGCAUGGAUUGAGCAUGGCUUACCUUGAGAAGGUUGAGGGGUUCAAGACUUUAUUCAAGAGACGAGAGAUUGGUUCUCAUGCUAUUAGAUGGCUAGAAAAAUACGAUGUUCGCUUGUUUUCCCAUCAGAUUCCUGCAAGAAAGCUUUCUGGAAAUGAAGCCCCGGAUCGCUUGAAAGACUGUUGGGAACUUGACCCCGCUUCACUUCCUUCAGAUUUGCUUACUAUUGUUUGGGGUAGAUGAAGUGUGGCUGAGCAUUAUUGUAUAGCUUCCAUCAUAUUUUUCUAUUUUGAUUCUUGUUCUAUGUGAUUUUAACAAAAUGAUGAUGAAGCCAGGGAAACGAAUGCCUUGCUGUUUAAUGCCCUGUAAAUAUACAUUGAAUGGUCAGAAACUCUGGCACAAUUACUCAA